AUGUCAUGUUUCUUCACUUUAGCCAUGAAUGCAAACAAUGGUUUAAGAGGAGAAACUAUAACAAUCAACUUUCGAAAGAACAUCAAAAGAAGUGAUAUCGAAAAUAAAAAAGAAACAGUUACACAAUAUUCUGAAGCUUCUGACAUCAGAUCAGUUAUUUUGCCUACCGAUAAUUACAUUAGCGAUCGCAUGUUUAUUCUUCCUACAGAUGGUUACGACUGCGAUACAGGUGUUAAUUGCAAUGCACAGGACUACCACUUGGAUCUUACUGCCAGCAACUCGUCUGCUUUUUUUUCUAACAGCGACAACAAUCAUUUAAAUGGUAACGAUGUACGUGAUGUUAACGUUGAUGCGAAUGUUUAUUCAGGACAGAAAUUGGUGACAGACGAUGAUUCAAGUUUUGAGAUAAACCCUCCAACAUGCACUUGGAAGAAAAAUUUGGUUCUUUGGUUCUAG